AUGCCAGCGCUGCCAGUAUUGCGAUCGUUGCGCACGAGUGCAGUGCACCGGGACAUCAUCGGCACCUGUAGGGCCACUGUGGGAGCUAUUGGCGCCGACACUCGGUCGGUGUUUGGAGCUCUGAUCGUAGGCUAUGCCCGCAAACUAUGUCCCAAAGAGCUACUCAUCCCGUACGCCAUCGUUGGGAUCAAAGUCCUGAAAAACAUGGAUUUCAUGUUCCCCGUGAUCUGUCUUGUGAUGGCUUUCCUCCUAUUGUUUGUCUUUUAA